UACACCUGGCAACCUUGUCUACAAGUCAGUGGAGGGUGGAAAAGAAGAAAGUUAAAAUACCUGAAUGGAUAUUUGGGGAUAAGUAGGCCUACGCCGUUUUGGGUGGUCGAAAGCUUCUUUUUCAGUGUGGAUAGAUAUAGUGAACAUGUUUGGAAAUAAUUGACCAUUGAAGUAAAGGGCGAAUAAAAUACAUAAGCGCUAGGGUGAGGUUUCAUGGUUCCGAAACAAAAGUCGGGAAGAGGCUAUGUUCGCACUCGGUUUUCACUCCAGACCGAAGCUGCAGGGAAGUUUAGAGAGGACCCCUGGCCUGAUCGGGCCUAUUGUUAUAUUCACACAGGCCACGUAGCAACGUGGUUCGAAGAGUUGAAUCCUCAGUCCCAACAAUUUGGCAGAAAUUAGCCGACCCUCAUCCCAACGAGAUGGGAACGAGACGAUGAGAGGACACGUGUGGGUUUAAGCUUCGUGAGAAAUUUCGCCGAAGUCUAUCUUCUCUUCUUCCUCCCCUCCCCUCCUUUUUCUAGUCCAUUGUUUCCCUGAUUCCGUCUUUGUCUGGUGGGCUCUUCUCCCUCUCCCUGUCCUCCGGCCUCCAAGAUAGAUUCCCUCAGGAGUAAGGUUGAGCUGCUGAAGCUGCCCCUGGCCCUAUCCACCAAGUCCAUCUCUGAGCGCAAGAGCCAGCUGGGCAGAGUCAGGGAACUAGGCACGGGGGGAAGAGGGGCCUGUCAACCCCGUCCACCGACCCGAGAUAUGGACAACGAGUCACAGUACUCGGGCUACUCCUACAAGUCGUCCCACUCCCGCAGUUCCCGCAAGCACAGGGAUCGGAGGGACAGACAUCGCUCCAAGAGCAGAGACGGCAGCAGCCGUGGGGACAAGUCUGUCACCAUCCAGGCCCCUGGGGAGCCACUACUAGAUGCAGAGUCGACCCGCGGUGAUGACAGGGAUGACAACUGGGGCGAGAACACCACCGUGGUCACAGGCACAUCAGAACACAGCGUGUCCAACGAGGACCUGACGCGCGUCUCCAAGGAGCUGGAGGAAUCGUCUCCCCUGGAAUGCAAGCGCUUCCUGGGGCCUGUGCUGGGUGGCUGCCUAGGCCUGUUUGCUCUGGUCACCCCCCUGGCCUUCCUGGUCCUCCCCCAACUGCUGUGGCGUGAGGCCCUGGAGCCCUGCGGCACGCCCUGCGAGGGUCUCUACGUCUCCCUGGCCUUCAAGCUCCUGGUGCUCCUCAUCUCCUCCUGGGCGCUGUUCCUGCGCCCGCCGCACGCCACCCUGCCCCGCUUCUUCAUCUUCCGCUGCCUGCUCAUGGUGCUGGUGUUCCUGUUCGUGGCGUCCUACUGGCUGUUCUACGGCGUGCGCGUGCUGGAGCCCCGGGAGAGGGACUAUAGAGGCAUCGUGGAGUAUGCUGCAUCGCUGGUGGAUGCGCUGCUCUUCAUCCAGUACCUGGCCCUGGUGCUGCUGGAGGUUAGACACCUGCAGCCUGCCUUCUGCCUCAAGGUGGUGCGCGCGACAGACGGGGCUAGUCGCUUCUACAACGUUGGACACCUCAGUAUCCAGAGGGCAGCAGUGUGGGUGCUGGAUCAGUACUACAGUGACUUCCCAGUCUACAACCCUGCCCUGCUCAACCUGCCCAAGUCCAUCCUCUCCAAGAAGAUGUCUGGAUUCAAAGUCUACUCACUGGACGAGAACAGCACCAAUAACUCCACCAGUCAGUCCCGGGCCAUGAUCGCUGCUGCGGCCCGCAGGAGGGACAACUCCCACAACGAGUACUACUACGAGGAGGCCGAGAUGGACCGCAGGUGCCGCAAGCGCAAGGCCAGGUUGGUAGUAGCGGUGGAAGAGGCCUUCACCCACAUCAAGCGUCUCCAGGAUGAUGACCCCGCAGCCUCGUCCCACAAACAUCCCCGUGAGGUGAUGGACCCCCGGGAGGCGGCUCAGGCCAUCUUCGCCCCCAUGGCCCGGGCCAUGCAGAAGUACCUGAGGACCACGCGCCAGCAGCCCUACCACAGCAUGGAGAGCAUCCUCACACACCUGCAGUUCUGCAUCACCCACAACAUGACCCCCAAGGCAUUCCUGGAGCGUUAUGUGAGCCCGGGCCCUACCAUGCAGUACCAGCGUGAGCAUGGUAGGGGGCGCCAGUGGACUCUAGUGAGCGAGGAGCCGGUAACCUCUGCCCUGCGUCAGGGUCUGGUCUUCUCCCUGCGCCGCCUCGACUUCUCCCUCGUCGUCACAGUGCAGCCCCUCCCCUUCCUGCGUAUCGGUGAGGAGUUUAUUGACCCCAAGAGCCACAAGUUUGUGAUGAGGCUGCAGUCGGAGACGUCUGUGUAGAGGGGGUCAGUGGAGGCUCCUGAUCCUACUGGGAUAUGCAGGGCGCUAGAUCAUCAUGUAAUCUCCUAUCGAACCAUUGUCGUGGAUGUUAACAGAAUGUGAUAAAGCUACGAUCUUCCAAAGACAGAAGAUGGAUGCCUUGACCAUUACUUAUGACACUGUAAAAUUCCCUUUAAAAAAAAAGAAAAAGGUGUUUAUUGUUGCCUGUAGGUCAACUGUCUCCAUCUGUUUGCGAAGGAACUACAUUCCUGAGCUUGUUGUAACUGAGACUCUGUAUGUUGUAGAGUCAUAUAUUCUGUUGUUGUAGAGUCAUAUAUUCCUUGUAUAUGUGGCUCUUAUUUCAUUUUACACUGGCCUUUUUACACAUAAGUUAUCAUGAUUUUGGUAACAUUAAAUGAGAAAAUAAUUCCUGCCUUGGGACAGCAUUCUUACAAUGUUACUCAGACUGACUUUCCUGACUAACCUGUAGUUCCAUGAAGCUGUUUUGAAUGGACUUGUCUUGUCUUUAUCCUGUGUCCACUGUCCUCCAUCCAUCUCCCUCUGACCAGGGACAUGUGAUUGUAUCCUCACUGCAAGUCCUCUGCAGUCAUAGCAAAUCACCAGAUUGUGCCACAUUGUAAAACAUUAAAACAAGCACAGUAACAGCCUUACCCAUGUGUGAUCUACGAAAUGCUGGCCAGUGAUCUUUAGCAAAGAACCACUUCUCUGACCACUAAACCUCUCGGUUCUAACCAAGAUGUGCUGUAACUGGCAGCCUGAUGUUGCAGUUCAUCUUCUGAGCCACAAAAUGACUGCCAGUCAUUUUUAUUCAAGCAGUUAGAACUUUAAUACCAUACAUUUCUGUGAGAACAACCAAUGAAAGUUCAGAACUGGUUUGACAAAAUUGAUGAUAAAGUCAUCUGGAUGACAGAAUGCUAAUGAUUGUCAUUCCAGUUUUUUAUGCAUGCUAGAAUUUUGGGUUUAAAUAUAUUUUAUGAGGUUGUUUGUUUUCUAUAUAUUUUUUACUAUGCCUAAGUUAUAAUUCAAUUCAAAAAAUGUUUUUACUUUUGGAAAAGAGGUGGGGUGUACAAAGAUUUGAAUGUUUCUUUAUUGAUAAUAUUAGCUUGUAUAGUGUGCAAGAUGUUUUUACUUCCUGUCACUGCUUUUCUCACAUACACAAAGUUGUGAUUGUAUGAAGCCCUGUCUUUCAUUCGCUGGUCCUGUUAGCAAAAAUAAUACUGUAAGCCUACUGAUGAGAAGAUGAUUAAAGACAUAAAUGGAA